CCCUGUGCAUCAUCGUCCUCGGAAGGUAUCCAAGAUCCAACCUCUCUCUCUCUCUCCCUCCUUCUCUUGAAUCAUCAUCUCACACAGUCUCAUCGUCUCUCAUCACCCGCAAUUUCCUGAAGUCCGACUCGCAAUAAUGCCCGCACCGAGACGUCAACCCAGACGACAGACCUCCCACCACUCUUCCGCUUCGAGUUCGGCGGCUUCUCUGCCUUCCGACUCGGACUCGGAAUCUCAGCCUUCUGAAGACGAGGUUGAGGUCGAGGCCGAAUCUCAAGUCGCCAACGGGAAAGCCAACGGUGACGAACCUCUAGAUGCAGCGGGAAAGCCGAAGAAACAGCAGAAGAAGAAGAAGGUGAAGGCCGGGCGGAGGGCUAGACGACGAUCGGACGAUGAUAGCGAGAACGAGAGCGAUGGGAAAGGAAAGGAAGAGGAACCUGCAGAAGAGGUCACUUUUGAAGAAUUUACGGGGACUGCGAAGCCGGACGCUGGACCUUCUCAACCUCGUCCGCAGCCUCCACCUCAAUCUCGUGCUCAACCUCGAUCGAAACCUCCUGCCUCUGGAUCAAAGAAAUCGGCCUCGACUUCUGCUCCUACUGCUGCCUCUACUACAACGAGUAAACCUGCCAACUCGUCUGCGACGGCACCGGUAGCUUCCGCUUCAGCUUCUCAGACGGCAGGGACGGGUCCAGGGAAGAAGACGAAAGAAGAAAAGGAGGCUGAACGGCGUGAAAAGAGACGGGCGAAGAAUAAGGAGCGGAGGAGGAAAGUCCGGGAAGGAGCCGGGGCUGCUGGAACCGGGGCUGAUGGGGACGGUGACGACAAGGUCGAGACCGAUCAGGCUGGUACGAAGGAGGCCCCAGCAGAUGCUGAGUCGCGGGACAAGCCGGAAGAGCAGGACGAGCAGCAUGCAGAAGGAGAACCUCGAAAGGUGGACAUUGAAGACGACCACAACCACGACGACGCCAACAACAACUCUCAACCCAUCUCGAAAGCCCCCUCGAAUCGACAACUCUACCUCUCCCGUCUCACUGCCGACCCAUCCUUUACCCCCCGCGUAGGAUCCUUCUGGACGCACGACGAGCGACAUUACUCGAAAGGCAAAUUUGGCGAGGACGGCGAGUUUGCAGGUUUGAGGGGGAUGAGCGGGUGGUGGAGAGGUGCAGGUGGGGAGCGCGGUGGAAGGGGAAGAGGGCGAGGGUUCGCCGCCGGACGUGGAGGUGCGGGAAGAGGGAGAGGCGGGUUUGGGUUCGGGGCCGGCAACGCAGUCGGGGAGAAGGUCGAAAACCAGCCGGCAGUACCGUCCUCAGGCGAGACUGCGCUGGAAUCCGCUGCUGAUUCGACCCCUGCUGCCGCGGCACCUCGAGCCGACGCUUCCUCCUCCUCAUGGGGACAUGACGCAUUUGAAAAGAUGGAACAGGCCGAAAAGAGACGAUCAGAGGCCAGGGAGAAGCGUCGGAUCCAGCAGGCCUUGCGUGGAGGUGCCGCCGCCGCUGCACCUGGAGUCGGGUUCGCAGGCAGGGGACGCGGACGUGGACGAGGCGGAGCGGUAGGAUGGGGAUAUGGACAGGCGUAUGCGGGUCAUCAGAUGGGACAGGUCGUGUUCGGACAAGACAUGCAGCAGGUGCAAGGCGGCGUUCAGGUCAAUGGCGGGGGUCACGAGGACGUCCUGCCGGUUGACGACGGAAACAUCACCGUCAAGCUUCCUCGAUCCGAUUCUAGCAUUAAUGUGCCGCUGGCCUCCACCUCGUCUGGCUUUACGGGCGACUCCGCGCCCGUUACCGCGCACGCUCACUCCGCCCUCGACAACAGUGCCGUUGUGGUCAAGCUUCCUAUCGCUGCCAUCGACAACGCAGCCGUCCCGGUCGCAGCUCUUUCGGCCGAUCACGGCGAGGACUCGGAGACGGUCGCCAACCUGAAUCUCCAGGCCGAGAUCGAAUACCUCAAGUCUCAACAGGCCACAAUCGCGCAAAAGGAACGUCAGCUGGACGAAGAGCUGAAACGCCUCGAGAUCGGAUCGAGACGAGUAGACUCUGUCGCCGUUCCCGUUAGUGAGAACGGUAGCAUGUCCUCCGCGCCCGCAUCAUCGUCGUAUCUUCCGCACAACGGGAUGCCUUAUGGGAUGCCACCUCCGCCGUCAUUCGUACCGCCGGGCAUCGCCAUGGCGGAGAAUGGCUCGUUCUUCGAGAUCGCCACGGGCCAACCCGUCGUCUUUGUGGCUUCCAAUUCACCCGCACCUCCAGGCAACUACUCGAACGGACCUUUCCCCCCUCAACCUUACUUUGGGAAUCAGCAUCCCGGCGCAGGACCUUUUUUCCGAGGAGGGUACCCGGGCGAACAGCACCCCCACCUCUCGCGCGGAGACUCGUUCAGCACCUUUACCCCGCCUCCCUAUGGUCGAGACUCUCCUCUCGGCUACCCCUCUCAGCCCGUCCCGCCUGGCUACUUUGCACCUCCUAGACCCGGCGGCAAGAUUCAAAUCAGAGCGCCCUCUAGCCACGAAGUCGCCAUCCUCAAGAACCCUGGGAAGCUGGGCAGCAGUGAGCAAUCGAGCGAGCCUCACAUGAUCCCAGAGGGUCAGGCGUAUUCGGUGGACAACCCGUACGCGUAUCAAAACCAAAUGAUGCAGCCCAUGGCUGGACAGGGAUACUACCCGGGUAUGCCGAUGCAUCAGGGAUACCCGCCGCAGUCUGGCUAUGACUAUGGUUACGGGCAGUAUUGAUCAGGGUAGCCGUCGCGCCCGUCUCCCUUCCCCUCAACGAAAAUCGGUGGAUGGACAACAAGUAUCCACCUGUCAUUUAUAAUAAGGCUGUUUUUUUCCAACAUACCUCUUCGCCUUCCCUCCAAUAACACUCGUUGAGCUCUGCCUCACCUGAGAGAAACGUACACAAUGCAUUUUCGAGCAUGGCUUCCCAACCAGACCCAAAAAUCAGAUUCAAUCGAAACUACUGCUCAUAUCUAGAUUUCCCAAGAACAAAAAUGUAAAC